UGCUGGUGUAGCAUCGUAUCGGACACAAUCCUGACAAUUAUGUGCAUGGCUAUUCCAGAAAGAACUGUAUGGCCUCACAACUGCAAGUGUUUUCACCAAUGUCAGUAAAGUCCAGUGCCUUUUGCAGCGUGAAGAAAUUGAAAGUGGAGCCCAUCAACUGGGAUGCAACGGGACAAGGCUGCAGCACAAAACAUUGCAAUCAAAGCAAAAAUCCUUCAGUGACUCAAGUACAAACAAAUCUGCCCCACCAGGCAUCGAGCAGCAUUGUGGUUUACGAACAGAAUUUGCACACCACCACUGCCUCUGGGUUGAUCCCAGUUAAGAGUGCCGACAGUGGGGCCUGUACCGCAGCCUUGUCUGUUGGGUCAUCCAACGGAGUGCAGAGCUUGACACGCAGGAGCACAGUCACGCUGUUGGAUACCUAUCAAAAAUGUGGACUGAAGAGAAAGAGUGAGGAGAUUGAAAGCAGUGGCAGUGUGCAAAUAAUUGAGGAACACCCACCUCCGAUGCUUCAGAACAACACUGGCAGGACUGCGGUGGGUACAACUGCCACCACCACAUCAACUGUAACUUCAAAGAAUGGCAGUUCCACUAAUGAAGGGGAUUAUCAGUUGGUACAACAUGAAAUACUUUGCUCAGUGAUCAGUAGUUAUGAGGUAUUGGAGUUUCUUGGCCGUGGCACAUUCGGUCAGGUGGUGAAAUGUUGGAAAAGGGGUACCAAUGAAAUUGUGGCUAUCAAGAUCUUGAAAAAUCACCCAUCUUAUGCACGGCAGGGACAGAUUGAAGUGAGCAUUUUAAAUCGCCUGAGCACGGAGAACGCUGAUGAUUACAAUUUUGUCCGGUCCUACGAGUGCUUUCAACACAAGAAUCAUACCUGUUUGGUAUUUGAGAUGCUGGAACAGAACCUGUAUGACUUCCUCAAACAGAACAAGUUCAGCCCUUUGCCCUUGAAAUAUAUACGACCCAUCCUGCAGCAGGUGGCCACGGCCUUAAUGAAACUAAAGAGCCUUGGUCUAAUUCAUGCAGAUCUGAAACCAGAAAACAUUAUGUUGGUGGAUCCGACCCGUCAGCCCUAUAGAGUGAAGGUCAUAGAUUUUGGUUCAGCCAGUCAUGUUUUAAAAGCAGUUUGUUCAACGUAUUUGCAGUCUCGAUAUUACAGGGCUCCUGAAAUUAUUCUUGGGUUACGAUUCUGUGAAGCAAUUGAUAUGUGGUCACUAGGAUGUGUUAUUGCAGAGAUGUUUCUGGGAUGGCCAUUGUAUCCAGGUGCAUCAGAGUAUGAUCAGAUACGCUACAUUUCUCAAACACAAGGUUUGCCGGCUGAGUACUUGCUGAGUGCUGGAACAAAGACGACAAGGUUUUUUAACAGAGAUCCAGAUGGAGGAUAUCCAUUGUGGAAGCUCAAGACACCAGAGGAACAUGAGUUAGAGACUGGGAUCAAAUCGAAGGAAGCAAGAAAGUACAUUUUCAACUGUUUGGAUGAUAUGGCUCAGGUGAACAUGCCAAAUGAUUUGGAGGGAACAGAUAUGUUGGCAGAGAAGGCAGACCGGAGGGAGUAUAUUGAUCUGUUGAAGAAAAUGUUGACUAUAGAUGCUGACAAGAGGGUUAAUCCGUUAAAAACCUUAAACCAUCCGUUUGUUACCAUGACUCAUCUACUUGACUUCCCUCAUAGCAAUCAUGUGAAGUCCUGCUUCCAGAAUAUGGAGAUUUGCAAGCGGCGAGCCAACAACUAUGAAACAAUAAACCAGAAUAAAAGCCCAUUUAUUGCACAUGUUGCACCAAGCACAAGCACAAAUUUGACAAUGGCCUUCAAUAACCAACUCAACACCAUGCACAAUCAGGCCAACACCCUGGCACCUACCUCCACAGCUGCAACCCUUUCACUGUCCAGUGCUGAUGUAUCUCUGCUUAACUAUCAACCUGCACUCUACCAGCCUACAGCAGCACCUGUGGCAGGCGUUGCACAAGCAAGUAUGCCUCUGCAGGCUGGAACAACACAGCUGUGUGCACAGGCUGACCCCUUUCAACAAGCCCUCAUUGUGUGUCCACCAGCAUUUCAAGGGUUGCAAGCAUCUGCAAAACAUUCUGGCUUUUCUGUUAGAGUGGAGAAUGCAGUGCCUGUUGUGCCACAAGCACCAGCUGCACAGUCCAUUCAGAUUCAGCCGGGUGUUCUUGCUCAGGGCAGCUGCACACCACUGAUGGUGGCCACUCUACAUCCUCACGUUGCCACUGUUGCUCCUCAGUACGCGGUCCCUUUUACCCUGAACUGCGCAGCCGGCCGGCCUGCGCUGGUCGAUCAGACGACCACAGUACUGCAGGCGUGGCCUGGAGGAACCCAGCAAAUCCUGUUGCCAUCAACUUGGCAGCAGUUGCCUGGAGUUGCUGUUCACAAUUCAGUUCCACAUGCUACUGUGAUACCAGAUGCUAUGACUAGUACCCAGCAAAUAACAGAUUGGAGAAAUGCACAUUCCCAUGGAAGCCAAUACAAUGCCAUUGUGCAACAGCCAUCUUUGUUGGCUGGCCAUGUGACUUUAGCUGCACAGCCCCUAAAUGUCGGUGUUGCCCAUGUGGUACGCCAGCAGCAAAACUCCAGGUCUUCCUCAAAAAGGAAUAAACAGCUUCACAAUGCAAGGUAAUAUGGAUAUAUUGUA